GGCAACAAGAGUCUGAUAAGCAGACCUCAAUUUUGUCAGUAUUAAGUUGAUAGAGUUUAUCCACUGCUUGGUGUGACUUAGGCCUCGUCCACACGUACACGGGUAUUUUUUAAAAGGUGUUUUUUUCCUCCUGCAUUAUAAAAAAAUCCGUCCAUAUGAAAACGCUAUAACGCGCUGGCAAGCAGUAUAAAAACUCAACAGGCGGCGAUAUAACUCUAACCAUAAAGCCAUGUUGGCCAAUCAGAAGCCUUGUUACCGGUUCGGCGCACAUUCUGACGUCAAACAAAGUAGGUACGACGCACAAUCUGACGUUACAAGCCUAAAUAAAUAAAUAAAUAAAAUAACGUUUUCCCUGUCUACACGUCGACACAGUAAACGGAGUUUCUAAAAAUCUUCACCCUGGACGGGGUUUUACAAAAGCUCCAUUUUCACUUACAUUAAGCGCCGUUUGCAUUUGGACGAAAGGCCAAAACGCAUAGAAAAAGUUACGUUUUUAAAAAAAUACCUGCGUACGUGUGGACAAGGCUUUAAUGGCAGGACAGUAAUGAAACUAUUGCUGAUAGAAACUGUUGAUAACUAAGACCAUGACGCUCAUUGAUUUAGCCUGGUGGAAUUGUAUAAAUCAGCGUUUCUCAAACUAUUGGCGAAGCCUCGCUUCUGCACCAAUCAAAACUCAGUCAGAUCAGGUCAGGUAUAAUAAUAAUAAUAUCUAUCUGCAGUAAUAAUAUCUAUCUCUGUGAAUACGCAUUCGCGGCGGGGGGUUGGGGGCGGUCGUUUAUGCAGGGCCCUGCAGCCCCAAAGGCUGACAUGACUGGUUCCCAGGACAAAUAAGUUUGAGAAACGCUGGUAUAAAUAACACGCAAGAAAAACAGUAGUAGAUUUGUGUCAAUGAGGUAAGAAGUAAACCAAAUGAGAGGUCUACCAGUAAUACCAAUAUCGGUGAUGCAGAUGAAAAGAAUGUGGUGGCUAAUUGUAUGAACUGCAGAGCUACGCUCAAGACAGAUAAGGAUCUAAGCCAGUUUAUUUGAGAAAAGAUGUCUGCAGCAGUUUUUAAAUCCAAAGGAGCAAUGCCAGAGGCAAGGUAUUCAUUAACUACGUGAGUCAUUGGAAAUAAUCAAGUUCAAUUGUAAAUAGUUGCUGAAUAUUUAUCAGGAUUUAAGCAGAAGCAAUAUGAGAUUAUUUUAUGUAAAGACAUUGAAGAAUGUUUCAAGACUGCCUGCUGGUUUGCACAUUAUUCUUAGUGGCACUGCCUUCAGAGAAUGGAACACACAUGCGGCGUCACUUGUGGGAAUUAUGAAAUACUAUAAAACGAGAAUCCGGCAUCUUCGUGGGGCUCAGUAAUUAUAGCAUAUGAGAAUGUUAGUGUUUUACCGUCCGGACUUUAAUCCGCUUCAGCGCCGGCAUUAUCGUGCGGCAAAGGGAUGGUCCAGCCUGAGUCUCAUACAUUAGAGUUUCAGAGAGCGGUGAUGUGAAGAAGCGGAUUUAUAAACAAAACAGGGAAAAUGCGGGGGUUUUGCCCCGGAGAUCUACACAUUAAGAUCGUCAUCGGACCUUGGGGACGCACGGAGGAGGCGCGCACAGGGAUGUCCUCGCACCCCGCUCCGCGACUUGGGUGACGUUUAGUUAAAAAAAAGGAAAUAACAUUGAUGCUGAUACGGACUGUGGCGCAGGCGUGCAGUCCGGUGCCGUGCUUCGCUACAUUCAUCCGCAAUGUGUGCAAGUGGAGGAGACACAGCCUCGGCCAGCAUGCGCGUCCACCGCCUCGCCAUGGCAGCCGCGGCGCUGCGAUCCGGACGCUGAGCCUUUAUCGUGCCGCAUCGAAGCAUGUCAGGCAAGGCGAACAAGGCGUCAGAAGGAGCGGUCUCCAAAGUUAAAGUGAAACGUCAGAUCAAGACCAUCGUGGAGGAUCUGGAAACCAUCCUGGGGGACUUGAAGGAUGUGGCAAAAGAAAUUAAGGAGGUGGUGCAGGAGAUCGACACCCUGACCUCGGACCUGCAGCUGGAGGAGGACAUGACGGACAGCUCCAAGACGGACACGCUGAACAGCAGCUCCAGCAGCACCACCACCACCAACACCACGGCUUCCAGCAUCGACAAGAUCAAGCUGCGACAUGGCGACCUCUGCCCGAGGCCCGCCUCCAUUUACCCCACUGUCCUGACGGUGCUGAGGAAGCCACACCCCCCUCUGCCCCCACCCCGCCUGACCCCCGUGAAAGCGGAGGACCACGGCCAGGGCCAGCUAUCAGGGAUCUCAGGCAAAGCUGCGGGGGCUCCCCUCCAGAACGGCAUCUUCCCAGGGAUACAGAUAAAUAGAGACUCGCAGUGUCACGUGCCCAAAAUCACGGAGAAGAAGUCCGGCGUGGGGGCGGAGCUCACGCCCCUGCUUCGGCACGAGAAAAGCAGGUGCCCCCAGGUCACGCGGGAGCGCGUUCGCUUCAGCGAGAAGGUCCAAUACCACGGCUACUGUCCGGACUGCGACCUUCAGUACGACGUCCAAAACGAGGACCUGUCUCUGGAGUGCGAGCUGGCCGACACGCACCUGAGCCCCUCCCACACCUGCUCGGGCCGGACGCUGGAGAACGGGGGUCCUGGCGUCGCUCACGGUUACCCCCACACAAAACCACCAUACGUGCCUCAUUCCAUCAACCCCAAACCACAGAAAACCAUCCUCCGGAAGACGACCACCACCACCGUUUAAUGUCAGCGAUGCCACAGCAGAUAUAUUCUGGUACUGAUAGAUUAGCUUUUUUUUUCCAUUUAUUCUCCAAGAAAAAAGGUGAAAGAAAGGGAAGUCUUCAUCAGUAAUAAAGGGGCGAACGUGGGGAGACUCGGUCCUUCUGGUUCAUAGUGAAAGUGCCACUCGCAGCCAGUAAGCUUUGGUCAGCCCUGCGCCCCGACACCGGCCCGAGGCCCCCCCCCAGGGUGUGGCAGCCAGCGAAUGAUUCACAGCCAGAGACGGCAAAGUCCAAGUCUCACAUGCAGAGCUGAAGUAUGAGAGAGUUUGGACUGUGGAGUGUAAGAUUACACCCUGGAUGAAGUGUGGGACGAGCUCGCACCUCCGUCGGUUAACCGUCUUUAAAAGAUGCCUUCUGUUGGAGCUCGAGGGAGCCUGCGUCUCGCGUGUUCACCGAAACGACUGUGGAGAACACUCAGACAACCCAGAUUAUUACCCCCAAAAAAGAACACGAGGUCUGGUAUUCAUUCACAGCUAACCUGCCAUGCACUGACUGCUUCUUAUCCGUUCAAAAUUUGCUCGUAGGUCUCUGUCAAGUUCAGAUCUAUAUAGUGCAUUUCAUAGGCCUAUGAAGAGUCAUUUAUAAUUUUCCAUCCGAUCUGCUUGGACGAGGACCACAGGUGAGAUGUAUCCUUCUGUAGAGUCGUCACUCUGCUCUGAGCUUGGCUCCCGACUUCCUGUUCUGAAACUGCGAACAGGAAGUGCAUCCUUUCCAAGGCGAGUCUUUUUCAGCGUUACGCCAUCACGCCUGGCAGCUCUGCCAGCUGCUUCCGUCCCACUCGGCCAGAAAGGUCACGUCUGAGUCCGACGACUUUAAGUCGGUGUGGCUGUCUUUGUCGCCCCCAGAUGGAGAACGGUCUUUCCGGGAGUCCUGACUGGCCUCUCCAGGCAGCUCCUGCUAGCCAUUCUUAGCCUCCUUGGCGUUUGUGACCCGCUGGCCACGUGGACGGGCGUCCGUUACCCUGAGCAACGCCAUGAUCACAAGACCAGGCAUUAACAAAAUCAGUAAACAAAGCAAGACAUCACUUCCUGGUUAUUUGGAAUAAAAAUCAGCUAAACGGUCAAAACCCCAUGUAUUGGUGGCACAGCCCCAGACUAUUCCGGCUGUGUGUGUAAUGCCUUCUGCAUUGUGAGGCCAGGCUUCCCUCGUCUCUCUGCUGGUGGCAGGGGUUAAGCACGGGUACGGUAGGAGGAGGAUGGAUUAGGCAGACUCCCGUCCAGCAGGCAUGCGGCCCAGCUCAGAGCAGCCCCCCCACCCCACACAGACGGAUGCAGAUUAAACCGCACGUGGUCCCUUCUGGCUUCCACCCCCCCCCCCCCCCACCCCGCCCCAGGCAUGUCGGCUGUGACAUCAGCACGAAAAUGGCUAAAUAGCAUUUAACACUCAGCCUGUGGAAGUAACAAAUGGGAUUUUGAGAGCAACUUGAGGUCUGACUCGGGACGCAGAAGGCAUUAUAAAUACGAAUAUAACCAAGAAAAACACCUAAAAGGUCAUGAAUCUUUUUUCCACAGGAGAAGCCCUAACAUAAGCCAAUACCCUCAGCUGAAUGUGACCAUCCACCUGUCUCUGCUAACCCCUUACACCAUACUUUUCAAAUGAAUGUUCGAUUGUGGGAUAAAGAUAUAUGUUUGAUAACUUCCAUUAGAAACAUACAGCUUUAAACACUUCUUAAAAUAAUUUGCAUCAGAUUUUAUUUGUAUAUCUAUAUAUAUAUUUAGAGUGUUUUUAUGAGAUUUUAAAAUAGAAAUGAGAAGUAUUUUUGAUAUUUCACAGAAUUUAUUGAGGGAAUCAGAGGGGUAUUUAAAAGAGGGUAAGCUUGGCCCUGUCCGAGCUGCCGAUGGACCUCAGGCCAGUCCGUGUUUAUACACACGUGGUUCAAAGAUAUGACUUUCAUAUAAAGAUGUCAUUAAUUAUUAUGGAGGACAGUCUUAGAGGAACUGCACAGGGAAGGAGAUUAAACCAAAUACGUGAUCCGUGAAAAACUCCAGGAAGAAGAUGGGAAGUGUGAUCCCAUCCGUGCUCCUGCCAUGGAGCCCGUGGAUGGCUGUUCCAGGCUGGAUCUGAGGCUCCGCGGUUGCGGGUCUGUUGACUGUGUCACCGCUGCCCACACAGUGGUCAUCUACCUAUAGGCUGCAGAUAGCACCAGCCCGCCAUGAAGGAACUUGAUCUGAAGAUACCAACAGCAGGGAUUGAAGAACCUCACAAGAACUUAAUGGUUGCCAACCACUUUGCACUCCCUUGUUUUUUUAUUGGUGCACCGUCCCCUUUAAUACGUCACUCUAAUACAGAUCGAUUUUCAGCCA